AUGGUCACUUCUUACGGUCGCGUUAUCGCCGCGGUUGCCGCUCUGGCUACCACCGCAAGCGCUGUUGUUCCCAUUGAGGUUCAAGGAAAGGACUUUGUCAACUCGGAAACCGGUGAUCGGUUCCAGGUUCUAGGUGUCGACUACCAGCCCGGUGGUACAUCCGCUGUUGACGGCAAAACCGACCCUCUCAGUGAACGUGAUGCGUGCCUACGCGAUGCUGCCCUCAUGCAGCGUCUGGGUGUCAACACCAUCCGUAUCUACAACUUGGCACCCGACCUCAACCACGACGAGUGUGUCUCGAUCUUCAAUGCCGCCGGUAUCUACAUGAUUCUUGAUGUCAACUCUCCUCUGUACCCCGGAUACAUUGACCGCACUGCCCCUUGGGAGACCUACACCGAGGAGUACUACACUCAGGUCUUUGGUAUCAUUGAGGCCUUCAAGGACUACCCCAACACUCUGGCUUUCUUCGCCGGAAACGAGGUUAUCAACGAGGACAGUGUCGAGCAGGUUCCUCAGUACAUUCGUGCCGUUCAACGUGAUAUGAAGGAAUACAUUGCCAACCACCUCGACCGCCCCAUUCCCGUCGGUUACUCUGCUGCCGAUAUUCGUCCUAUCCUCGAGGACACCCUGAACUACUUCAUGUGCGAGGAUGAGGACUACCCCACUUCUCACUCCGAUUUCUUCGGUCUCAACUCCUACUCGUGGUGCGGUGAUGCCUCCUACGAGAGCUCUGGCUUCGACAAACUCACCGACAUGAUGCGCGAUUCCACCAUCCCCGUCUUCUUCUCCGAGUACGGCUGCAACGAAGUCCAGCCCCGUCAAUUCACCGAGGUCCAGGCCAUCUAUGGCACUGAGAUGUCCCAGGCCUUCUCUGGCGGUCUCGUCUACGAGUACACCCAGGAGGAGAACGACUACGGUCUCGUUAAGAUCAACGACAAUGGCACCCUCAGCCUCCUUGUCGACUUCGAGAACCUCCAGGACCAAUACGCGAAGCUCGACAUGGACCGCAUCCGCGCCUCCAACUCCACCCAGACCAACGCCAAGCCCGUCCAGUGCAGCCGCGACCUCAUCCAGAACGGCACCUUCAGCAGCAACUUCACCCUCCCCGCCAAGCCCCCAGGUGUCCAGGACCUCAUCGACAACGGAUAUCAUGAGGUUGAGGCCGGUCAGCUCGUCGACGUCGAGUCCGAGGACGUUGAGACCACCAUCUACAACCACAACGGUGAGGAACUCACUGGCAUCAGACUCAACGUCCUCGCCGCUGGCGAGUCCAACGAACCCGGUAACAGCGCCUCUCCCGGUGGCUCUGGCUCUGGCUCCGGCUCCGGAUCUGGCAACAGCUCUAACGAUGACGAUGAGGAGGAUGCCGCGGGCAUGCUCUCCGUUCCUUUCGGCUUGAUGACAGCCACUCUCCUCGCUUUCUUCAUGCUGUAG